AUGAAAAGCCUGCAAUGGAUUCUGCUUGCAAUUUGUUUUGGUUCAAUAAAUUGCAGCACAAAUACUCUGGCAAUUGAACAACAGGUUUUAACCAAUGGAAAUGCCAUUACAAAACAACUUAACGAAAACAAACAAAUUAUUUUAUUAUAUCGAAACUUCAAGUCGAUGAACCCCUACCGGAUAAUCACAUCUUCCAGCAACGCUAAGAAGGAAUUUCCCGUUUUGAUUGUGGCUGAACAGCGAACUCAAGUGACAGCAUGGUCUAUUCCGAUGCUUAUCGAAUCUGCUAAACCGGGAGAAGAGUACUCAUAUAACAUGUCCUCUAAAACAUUAUGCCAUGACUACAUGAAUAUUAUAACUCUUUCUCCAGGAGUAUUACUACGCCCUUUAUAUUUCCAACAAAAUUUCAUAGUGGCUUUGUCAACGGCGAGUCCAACCAAUAUAAAUGUAACUGUGGAAUUACAAGAAGAAAAGAUCUUUUACCUAAAACAAGAUACAAACUACAACAUAUCCGUAGGACCCAGUGAGCCAAGAUAUGCUUAUUUCAGAUUCGAAAAGGACACUGCUGACACGGUCGUCAUCGAAGUGGAUUCAGAAGACGAACUUUGUCUUACAAUUUCCGUUCAGGACAGCAAGUGUCCGGUUUUUGACAAUAACAAAGAUGUAAAAUAUGAAGGCAUCCACCAAACGAUCAAUACAAAAGGUGCUAUUACUUUAAUGAAACACAGCUACAAGGAUGGAUUCUUUCUCGUUUUUGUCUCCAAACCAGAUACUUACGAAUGCAGUCAGGAAAGCUCAGUUCUACCGAGACUGACAAGAACUGUUUCGAUAGAGCAAAUGGUUCGCACACAUGUUAAUUUCGUUAUCAGAAAUAGCAUUACAGCAAAUGAUUACACUGUCGCUGUAGGUGCCACAUUUUUAAUAUUAGUCGGAACUGGUGUCCUGGUGACCGUAGCUGCGCUUAUCUUCCAUCGGUAUGGGACGAUUGCGAGGAAUAAAUACGAAGAUGUUAUAGUAACGGACUAUUUCGAAGCUUUGUCUGAAGAACAGAUCAGCUCAUUGCUGAAGUCCCUUAAUCUAACUGUGUCCGAAUUUUCAAGACACCCUAAGAGAAUCAAAAAAAGGUCCUACAAUUAUUUGUAUCAUACGUUGAGUAUUGCCAUAUUUUACAGCAUACCUGUGGUUCAGCUAGUUUUCACCUAUCAAAGGAUUGUUAACCGUACUGGAGACGAAGAUAUGUGUUACUAUAACUUCCUAUGCGCACAUCCAGCCUUUCGUUUCAGCGACUUCAACCAUAUUUUCUCCAACAUCGGCUACGUUAUUUUCGGCAUUAUUUUCAUUUGCGUAGUUGCUGAUAGGCAUAGAAUAAUUAAAAUGAGAAAGGAAAAAGGGAUACCAGUACAUUAUGGAAUAUUUCAUGCUAUGGGUGUUGCUUUAAUUAUUGAAGGAUUGUUGUCAGCAUGUUACCAUAUUUGUCCGAGUCAGUCCAACUAUCAAUUUGAUACAAGUUUUAUGUAUAUCAUGGCAGUUUUAUGCAUGGUAAAGUUAUACCAGAAUCGUCACCCAGAUAUUAACGCCACUGCGUACACAACAUUUACUGUUUUGGGAUGUGCCAUAUUUAUGGCUAUGAUUGGAAUUUUGAACGGAAACUUAGCCAUCUGGAUCAUCUUCGUAGUAUGUUACACGUUACUCUGCUUAUUUUUGUCAUUAAAAAUUUAUUUCCUGAACUACGUCGUCGAUGGUUUAAACCAGUUCAGAAAUUCCAUCACCAAGAAGGGUUUUACUCAACAUGCAUUGAAACCUAUAAGGAAAGCUAGAUUUAUAAUACUGCUGAUAGCAAACAUAGCGAAUUAUUCAAUGUUGAUUGUUGGGCUCUUGUUGUAUAGCGACAACGUCACUGACUUUGGAACUUUCUUGUUAGCGCUAUUGAUGGGUAACAGCGUCAUUCAUUGCGUGUUUUAUACGUGUAUGAAGCUGAUAAGUAAAGAAAAAAUUUGUUAUGAAGCAAUUCUCUAUGGGGUUCUCGCAAUAGUGUGUUGGGGUUCAUCAAGCGUAUUUUUCUUAGAUGCAGCAACUUUGUGGACGGUCACACCAGCGGAAUCUCGUCAAUGGAACCAAGAAUGUAUAGCCCUCAAGUUUUUUGAUAAACACGAUAUUUGGCACCUAUUAAGUGCCCCAGCUCUCUAUUUUACUUUUAUGUAUUUAAUGUGUUUGGACGAUGACAUACUUGACGUAGAACAGAGGGACCUACACGUAUUCUAG